AUGUCGUUUCAGGAAUGGGAGGGGAUGGCAUUAUUGCAGGAAGCUUCAGCCCCCAGCCGAAUCCCAGCCAAGAGCCUGUCACAGCCCCGCCCCGGCCCGGCCCAAGCCAAUCCGGGCCCCAGCACAGACCAUCACCGUAAACCUAGCCUUAGACUCAGCCCUCCGACCCCAGCCCCAAAACUAACCGAAACCUUCGCCCCAACCUGGACCCUGACUCUAAACCCGCCCCCAGACACCAAGCCCGUCCUGGACCAGACCGGCCCGACCCAAUCCAGGGCCCCAGACCAGACCAUCACCGUAAAACUAGCCUUACACUCGGCUCUACGCACCGGGCGCAGACCCCAGCCUUCAGCCCCUGUCCCAGCCGUAACUCUGAACCCGGCGCCAGACCCCAGCCACCAGCCUGUCGCAGUCCCGACCCGGCCACAGCUUGUCACCAACACCAACCCUAACCCCAGACUGUCCUGGCAGCGGCCCCCCGUCCUCAACCCAAACCCUAACCCCAGACUGUCCCGGCCACAGCCACCAGACACUGACCCGAGCCCCCAGCCCUCGGCCCGAAGCCUGUCGCGGCCCCGGUCCAGGCAGCCAGCCCCGACACUACCCCAUACUGCCCAGAUGCCAGCGACCUAG